UCUAACGAAAUUAACGAGAUAUAUAGUCAGACAUAGAGUGAUCGGGCUCUUAGCACAUAAACGAAAGUGGCUGGAGAGAUAAGAGAGAGAGAGAGAGCAGAGGGAAGGUGCCAAGUUAACGAACCUGGGACUUGAAGGUCCGACUAGCUGAAAUUUGGGAAUUCCGAUUCACGUCCGGGGCAGAAAUCAGAUCGAGUUCAGGCUAGAGUUUCGUUCUCAUGUUGAAUUUGGUAUUUUGAUCAAGUUUUAGUUAGGGUUUUGUUGAAAAUAGGGGAAGGAUGUCGGCAGCGGAGGAGGAGGAGUCAAGUGAGGCAGGCACCAUGGAUGAAGAGGUUUUGAAGCUCAAAGAGAAGCUUUCUCAAUGCCGACUCGAAAGGGAGCGGCUCCUUACAGAGAAAAAGAGAUGGAGGAUCAAGAAGAAACUUCUCAUGGGGGGUAUAGAAAAACUAGAAGAAAAGAUCAGUAAAGAAAGAGAAGCGUUUCGGUGUUUAACAUCUGAAUAUUAUAAGAGACAGAUAAAACUCUACAAGAACUUGGAGAUGAACAACAACAGUAUGCGGCAGCUAUGGAACGAAUUGGCCAAACUAGAUGACGAAUUGGCCAAACUAGACGAGGAACAGUACAAGUUUUUUGAUAGUGAGAGGCCUUGUAUGGGAACAGAAGUCGAGAAGAAAAUAAGGCGGUCACAAUCAAAGACAGAGAAGCUGGACAAGCUAUACUCAGAGAUGAAUAAGAAACGGGACGAUUUUUAUUAGCUUUUCUUGAACCUCGUAUGAAAAAUGCAGAAAUCACUGAUGAUUUGAAGGCUCUGGUGAGAGACCACUAUACUCGAUAUAUUGAGACACUCAAGACUGAUGACGAUGAGUAUGCACUGAAAAAAUUUAUGGAUGUUAUUCUACUACCGGGUUCUUCUCAGCAGCAAAUUGUUGAGUCUAUAUCUCCAAUCUCUGCUGAAGUGUCAAAGAUUUUGAACUUCUUUCUAAGAAAAAAGACGGAGUCCAACGAUGUGAAGUUAAGGGUAAACAUCCUGGAGGAGGAAGAGAUGAGAACGGAGAAAAAAAGUACGACAUGUCUGAAUACCCUGGUAAAUGGUCCAUAGGAAAGAAAGUUUCAUAAAAUAAAAAGUUGAGGACCCGCUUGCAUUUU